AUGACAGAAAUUGAGGAAAAACCAAAAAAGGCGUUAUACGAGGAUGACUCAGAUGAUGAUGAUGAUAUUGUGCAGUCAACUGAUAUUGAUCAUACGCCCGUUGCACAAUACCUAGAUGAUGAGGAUUUGGAAGAGGAGGACGAAUUUGAGGCGGAUAGACAGAGAAUCGGGGGUGAGGAAAUAGAGGAUGACUACGAGAAUGAAGAUGGAUCUAGUGAAAUUCCUUCAGCUGCCUCAUCCAACGAGGAAGAAGAUAUCGAUGACGUAGAGGCACAAUACAACUCUCUACCACUCUCAGCACUUGCAGAGGCUUCCUCCCGUUUAGACGACAGCAACGACAACGAAGAGGCAGACAAGCGCAAAUCAAAGAGAGCCGAAGCGAUAGCCAAAGCCAAAGAGGAACUUUGGGAGAAACAGCAGUCUAAAGGAAAAGAUAACAAAGAAAAGGAGCGUAAAGAGUUACAAAAGAGAGCCAACAAACACGCACCAACUGAAGUCACCAGCAAGAGACCAACGAGCAGAAAGAGAGAAGUUGUAGAAGUCGAUAAAAUCAGAUCACGCGAUCCACGUUUUCUCUCCCUUAGCGGUAACUUCUCACAAGAUCUCUUCGAAAAGUCAUUCUCAUUCUUGAAGGGCUCUCUAUCAAAGGAAGUAGCAGAAGCAAAGGAACAACUCAAGGCGGCACAGCUAAAUAUCCGUAGAGCACGCUCUCUACCUGGUCAAUCAGAAGACAAAACAUACUUGAUCGAAGAACACCAAGCAGAAGUGGAUAGGUUGACUCAUGAAAUACAGCGCAUGAGCUCCCAAGCCAAGACUUCUCAAAAGAAGGAUAUUGAAAAGGAAGCACUCAGAAAAAUCAAGAAAGAGGAGCGUGAUAAGAGAGGAGAAGGUAAAAAGGCUUACUACCUCAAAGAUUCUGAGAAACGUAAACGCGUUGAAGAAGCUCAAAAAGAAGUCUUACGUGCUCAAGGAGGUAACAAAGCAGUCAAGAAAUCUGAAGAACGUAAACGUAAACGUCACGAAGGCAAAGAAAAGAAAUCCCUUCCAUGGACUAAAACCGGUGGUCGUGAUAGUGUUGGAACAAAACGGCGAAAGGCUUAG